AUGGCUUCAAACUUCAUGCUAAAUGAAACAUACAUUAAUAUUGGCUAUGAUUUAACGUCUGGAUUGAUAUGCGAUGAUAACUCUGUUGAUUCUGUUUAUCAUCAAACAUUAUAUGAAAGUUUCGUUCAAUCAUUAAAGCAAUACGAGAUUAAUGAUGAUAAUUUGGCAUAUGCAAUGAAAAUUGCUUCAUUUUUCGUCAGAAAUGGAGUAAUUGAAAAUUUCCCUGAAUGGAUUAUUAAUAUAUUACAAAAUCCAGAUAUAGACGAUAUAUUUUUCAAGUAUUUCGGAAGUGUUUGGCUUUAUUUCCUUAGAAAUUUAGAUUUAUCGGAUAAUAUCCAAAUUUUUCAAGCAGUUAUGACAAGAUUAACUAAUGAACCUCAAAUGUCCAAUUAUUCUCAAUGCGUUUUUAUUACUUUUCUUCAAUUUAUUAAAGAAGAUAUCCAAAAGGCUACAAGCUUGUUAGAAUCAGUUGGAAUGGAUAUCAACUCGUUCAUAAGAAUGAUGCUUAAUAUUAAAAAUUUCGUCGGUUGGUUUGAUAUCAAAAUAUUACUCUCGACUUUGAUGCUUUUCCGUGAUAAUCAAGUUAACGAAGAUGAUGAUGAUCCAUUGAUAUACUUUAUUAUAUCAUACUUCAUAAGAAUUAGCGAAGAUCAUUUACUUGCAUUCAAGAACCGAAAUAAUGUGCAAGAAAUAUCUGUUGCUUUUUGUGUAGAAGAUCCUUUUUACAAAGAAAACGAAUUAAUUGAUAUUGACAUCAUUACAUUUUUUGAUAAGUAUAUUAGAGUUUUUGGAAUUCCUGAAGUGUCACAAGAGUACAUACAGAAUCUUUAUGACACUCUUGUCAAAACUCACAAUGAUUAUUUUAAUUUAUAG